CCCGAGGACGUGCCCGCUGCCGAGGCUCCCAGCGGCGUCGGGGGCGAGGGAGACGCAGCAUGGAGGCGCCGCUGUUGCCGCGCGAGUCCGCGAGGUUCGUGGCCGAGAACAGUCGUGACGUGCUCGUGGACCUCGAGGGCGUGCGCAGGGCAGCCGAGCUGCUGCUGCCCGCUGCCUCGGCGUGGCGUGUGGAGCAGUGGAAGGCCCUGCACGAGCUCAACCCGCGCGGGGCCGACGAGGCGGCGCUCGACUGGGUCUUCGUGGUGGACUCGCUCAACUUCUCCUUCUGGGCGGAGCAGGAGGAGCGCAAGUGUGAGGUGCGCUACGGAGGAACAGCAUACACCGGCUACUGGGCCCUGUGCGCCGCCGUGAACCGGGCGCUCGACCAAGGGAUACCAGUAACCAGCGCCUCCUACUAUGCCACCGUGACUCUCGACCAAGUUCGGGAUAUAUUCCGUUCAGACACCACCGUGCCCAUGCCUUUAAUAGAAGAGCGGCAUCGGAUUCUCAAUGAAACUGGGAAGAUUCUGCUGGAGAAGUUCGGCGGCUCUUUUCUUAAUUGUGUCCAAAAAAGUGAAAAGAGUGCACAGAGGUUAAUGCACUUGGUCGUUGAACAUUUUCCUUCUUACAGAGACGAGGCGCAGUUUGAGGGGAAAAGGAUUGCCUUUUACAAGCGAGCCCAGAUCCUUGUGGCAGACACAUGGAGUGUACUGGAAGGAAAGGGGGAUGGCUGUUUUGAGGACAUCUCCAGCAUCACCAUGUUUGCUGACUACAGACUGCCGCAGAUUCUCGUUUACCUUGGAGCCCUGAAAUAUUCCGACAAGUUGCUGGAGAAGCUUCGCAAAGGAGAUAUGCUCUCAAAUGGAGACAAACAAGAGGUGGAAAUUAGAGGUUGCUCGAUUUGGUGUGUCGAGCUUAUCCGGGACUCUCUUCUGGAGCUUCUUAAAGAACGGGGUGAAAAGCCUCAGGGUGAGAUCAACUCCAUUCUUCUGGAUUAUCACUUGUGGGACUAUGCCCGCGACCACAGGGACCACAUGAGAGCAGUCCCGUUUCAUCGCACCCGCUGCAUUUAUUACUGACCCGCGCGUGGACGGAUCCAGGGGAAAGACUUGCACUUUUAGAUCUUGUGGUCAUUUGCACAAUUUUGAUUUGAUAGAAAGACAAAAAUUAUAGGAAUAGGUAAUUGACUAUCCAGUCUUUGUUUCUGUUUUUUUUUCUUGACAUAUCAUUGUGUAUCCCCAUAGUCAUACUGCAGAAUCUAUAAUGAUAAUAUCCAUGUUUUUAGUUGGUAGCUUUUCUCAACUUGUAUUUUUUUCCUCUUCUCCUUUUUUGUGUUUUAUGGCCCUGGGGAUCAAGCCUGUGUCUUGUGUAUGCCAGGGAAGUGCCCCACCACUGAAUCACACGCCCAUCUUAGUUAUUGACUAUGUGUUAUAGUAAUUUAAUAUUAGAUAGAGAUAGUCUUUGGUAUAUGACUAUUGCUUUUAAUUUUUUUUUAAUGUAUACAGCACUCUUUACCUUGGUCUCUGCUGAUACGCUCUCGAGUGGGUGUCAUUGGGUUUCUGCUCAGAGUUGUAUGCCUGGUUACUUUGAGUAACUAGUGGUAUCACUGGGUUCUGGUUAUUAGGUACAGCAUUGGGUGUAGUGGGGUUCCUGGCAAGGCUGUCUCUCUGUGUGUCUACUUACUUUCUUUUUUCUUUUUUUUUUUUUUUUUUAAUUUGGUUUUUCGAGACAGGGUUUCUCUGUAGCUUUGGAGCCUGUCCUGGAACUAGCUCUUGUAGACCAGGCUGGCCUCGAACUCACAAAGAUCUGCCUGCCUCUGCCUCCUAAGUGCUGGGAUUAAAGGUGUGCUGAUAGA